UCUUAUUUUUCUUACAUGCCGCAUUAUGAUUAUGUUCGUGUAUUCUCCCACACGGCACAACAAAGUAAAAUCGAAACAGAAACCGAUCUGAUGAGAAUUGUUUUACAAACAAAAACGAAGAUGAAUAAUUAUUUCAGGAAGCGAUUUUUGUCGGUCGUGGUGAACCAAAGAAUGAUGUCGUACUUAAAAGCGAACAAGAUAAGAUUUUACAAAAAUGUCGAUAUUCAUCCUGACAAAAAUGGCUACUUGAUCCAGUUAGACAAUAGAACUAUAAAAACACCAUUAUUGAAUCAGCUGUGUGUUCCAACGAAGCGAUUAGCUGUUGCUGUUGCAAACGAAUGGUUUAUGCAGACUGAAGUAAUCGAUCAACACAAUAUGCCAUUGACUGCAAUAUGCAACACAGCGAUUGACAAUCCAACUAAUAUAACGCAAGAAGAAUUGGCUGACGAAAUUUUAAAUUUCUUCCACACAGAUACGAUAUGUGCGCUUGCUGAGGAACCAGAAGCACUGAUGUGGUUACAGAAAGAAAAGUGGACACCAAUUCACGAAUGGUUUUCAAAAAAAUUCAACGUAGAAGUGAAUGCUUCAUCCGAUUUGUUCUGUUUAUAUCAACCUGAUCAUGCAAUAUCAACAAUGAAAAACUUUCUAAUGAAACUAAACAGAUGGCAACUUUGCGGUGUACAAGCAGCUGUGGAUAGUAUUAAAUCGUUUAUUUUACCAUUAUGUGUUAUUGAAAAACAUAUCUCUAUUGAAGAGGCACUGUAUUUGUCGAGAUUGGAAUUAGAAUUUCAAAUCGAGAAAUGGGGAAAUGUUGAAUAUGCUCACGACAUAGACAGAUAUAAUCAACAAUCACUUUUAACGACAGCUGUAUUGGUUUUCCACCUGUCGCAGAGCACAUUAGUUGAAGAACUUCCUUGAUAGCUGUGUUAAACUUAACCAGUAAACUGAAAAAAAAUCCAGCCAAAUUGAUGAAAUAAUCAGUAACAGUUAGCAUUAAAUUCUUGGUACCAGCCGAUCAAAUUUUCUAACUGUUAAAAAAAUAAAAAGAAAAAAAACGUAAUUUGUUUUUCUGUCUUCCAGCCCUACCUAUUUCACGAAAUAACGACGCCAGAAUGUCGUGACAAUAUUUUGUGUUUUGUCUAUAUACCUCGAUGACAGAACUUUU